AAAAAGAAGAAAAAGUGCACAAGAAAGAAAGAGGACAUUUGUCCUAACCAUUGUGAAUUUUGAUAUUCUUGGACCAAACUCUCAACCGCCUGAACUAUCUUCCCAACCUCACCUCUUUCUCUCAUCUUCAAACAAAAAUCUUUGCUUUUUCAAUUCUUCACCCUGAAAAAGGGAGAGAGACAAGACAAUCAUGGCCCAGUUUUGAAUUGAAGGUGGUAAAAGACAGAAACAAAACAUGGGUUCUUCUUCAAGAGUUGGCAGUAGCAGCUACGAUUACUCCUUCAAGGUUCUUUUGAUUGGUGAUUCUGCUGUUGGCAAGAGUAGUCUUCUCCUCAGCUUCAUCUCCAAUUCUAACUCUAUCCAUGAUCUCUCCCCCACCAUUGGUGUGGAUUUCAAGAUAAAGUUUUUCACAGUUGCUGGUAAGAGACUGAAGCUCACUAUUUGGGACACAGCUGGUCAAGAGAGGUUUGGAACAGUAAUAAGUUCUUAUUACAGAGUCUAUGAUGUGACACGACGUGAGACAUUUACAAAUCUCAUCGAUAUAUGGGCAAAAGAAGUUGAGCUUUAUUCUACUAAUCAUGAUAGCAUCAAAAUUCUUGUUGGAAAUAAGGUGGAUAAGGAGAGUGAAAGAGCUGUAAGCAAAGAAGAGGGAAUGGCUCUUGCACAGCAACAUAGAUGCUUAUUCCUAGAGUGUAGUGCUAAAACUAGAGAAAAUGUUCAGCAAUGCUUUAAUGAUCUCUCAUUGAAGAUAUUAGAUGUGCCAGGUUUAAGGGAAAAGGGGUCUCUUGCAGUGAGAAGGCAAAAUCAAAAACAGUUGUAUGAGAAAUCUCAAAGAGGUGGUUGCUGUUCUUAGUAAAUAUGCAGCACCAUGAUAUGUUUAAUAGAUUUUUCAAUAGGGAUACUAUAGUUACUGGCAGGUUUUUGUAUCAUAUCAAUUGUCACAUUCAGAUAGUUUGGAUGAUGAAUUUUUAGUUUUAUUAUGUGACAUUUUUACUUUCAUGCCUAUAAGUUAAUUAGGUUCUUGUAAA